CAACACCCUGGCUUGGGCCUGAAGCACAGAAGCUGCUCAGGGCUACCCAUGGCCUCCCCGUGGCCAACCUGACUCUGCUCCGAGGCUCAAGCCUCCACUCAGAAGGCCUUGCCAGCUGCAGCGGAGCCUGGAGGCCCCAGAGCCCAUGGGUCUGGACACCCGUCUUCUGAGAGGCGCUAACACAGUAAAGUGAAAAGUGCCCUUUGUGUCAGCUUGUCUACCCCUUGUUUUCCGGAUGAGGAAACUGAGGCCCAGACGCCAGGAGAGUCCUCAGGGCCAGAAUACACAAUUGGGCCGGCGGCGGCGGCUGCCCGGAGGGACGGGGCCCUAGGCAGUGGCGAUGGGGGCCGCCCGGAUUGCGCCCGGCCUGGCGCUCCUGCUCUGCUGCCCGGUGCUCAGCUCCGCAUACGCUCUGGUGGAUGCAGAUGACGUCAUGACCAAAGAGGAGCAGAUCCUCCUGCUGCACCGCGCCCAGGCCCAAUGUGAGAAGCGACUCAAAGAAGUGCUGCAGGUCCUGCAGAGGCCAGCUGACAUAAUGGAAUCAGACAAAGGCUGGGCGUCCGCACCCACGUCAGGGAAGUCCAGGAAGGAGAAGGCAGCCGGGAAGCUCUACCCUGAAUCUGAGGAGGACAGAGAGGCAGCCACUGGCAGCAGGCACCGAGGGCGCCCCUGCCUGCCGGAGUGGGACCACAUCCUAUGCUGGCCGCUGGGGGCACCAGGCGAGGUGGUGGCUGUGCCUUGUCCUGACUAUAUUUAUGACUUCAAUCACAAAGGCCAUGCCUACCGCCGCUGUGACCGCAAUGGCAGCUGGGAGCUGGUGCCGGGGCACAACCGGACAUGGGCCAACUACAGCGAAUGCGUCAAGUUCCUGACCAAUGAGACUCGUGAACGGGAGGUGUUUGACCGCCUGGGCAUGAUCUACACCGUGGGCUACUCGGUCUCGCUGGCCUCCCUCACCGUGGCUGUGCUCAUCCUGGCCUACUUUAGGCGGCUGCACUGCACUCGCAACUACAUCCACAUGCACCUGUUCCUGUCCUUCAUGCUUCGCGCCGUGAGCAUCUUCGUCAAGGACGCGGUGCUCUACUCGGGCUCCACCCUCGAUGAAGCCGAGCGCCUCACCGAGGAAGAGCUGCGCGCCAUCGCGCAGGCCCCUCCGCCGCCCGCCGCCGCCGCCGCCGGCUACGCUGGCUGCCGAGUGGCUGUGACCUUCUUCCUUUACUUCCUGGCCACCAACUACUACUGGAUCCUGGUGGAGGGGCUGUACCUGCACAGCCUCAUCUUCAUGGCCUUCUUCUCCGAGAAGAAGUACCUGUGGGGAUUCACAGUCUUCGGCUGGGGUCUGCCCGCCGUCUUCGUGGCCGUGUGGGUCAGUGUGAGGGCCACCCUGGCCAACACCGGGUGCUGGGACUUGAGCUCCGGGAACAAGAAGUGGAUCAUCCAGGUGCCCAUCCUGGCCUCCAUCGUGCUCAACUUCAUUCUCUUCAUCAACAUCGUGCGGGUGCUCGCCACCAAGCUGCGCGAAACCAAUGCGGGCCGGUGUGACACUCGGCAGCAGUACCGGAAGCUGCUCAAAUCCACGCUGGUGCUCAUGCCGCUCUUCGGCGUCCACUACGUCGUCUUCAUGGCCACGCCGUACACCGAGGUCUCAGGGACACUCUGGCAGGUGCAGAUGCACUACGAGAUGCUCUUCAACUCCUUCCAGGGAUUUUUUGUCGCCAUCAUAUACUGUUUCUGCAAUGGCGAGGUACAGGCUGAGAUCAAGAAGUCCUGGAGCCGCUGGACGCUGGCACUGGAUUUCAAGCGCAAAGCACGCAGUGGGAGCAGCAGCUACAGCUACGGCCCGAUGGUGUCUCACACCAGUGUGACCAACAUCGGCUCCCGCACGGGACUUGGCCUGCCCCUCAGCCCCCGCCUGCUGCCCGCCGCCACUACCAAUGGCCACCCACAGCUGCCUGGCCACACCAAGCCAGGGGCCCUGGCCCACCAGGCCCCGCCACCAGCCGUGGCCACUCCCAAGGACGGAUUCCUUAAUGGCUCCUGCUCAGGGCUGGACGAGGAGGCCUCGGCACCAGAGCGGCCACCGGCCCUGUUGCAGGAGGAGUGGGAGACGGUCAUGUGACCGGGGACCCAAGGGUUGGACCUAUGGACAUAAGGGCGGAUGGACGGACCAAGAGACAGGUGGUUGGAUGGCUGCCCACUCACGGCUGGGCUGGGAGGGCAAAACAGGAAAAGGAAAAAAAAAAAAGAAAAGGGAAAAGGAAGCAGUGUGUGGCUUCCUGUGGUCAC